AAAAGGCGGCCUGGGAGGGAGAGGCCGAGCAGAGUAGCCCCCAGGUGCCGGCAUUCAGCACAGCCCCGAUCCCAGCCCCCAGCCCGAGCCCGCUGAGCCAUGGAGAGAGGCAGCCUGAUCCAGAAGGCCAAGCUGGCCGAGCAGGCCGAGCGCUACGAGGAUAUGGCCGAGUUCAUGAAGGGCGCCGUGGAGAAGGGCGACGAGCUCUCCUGCGAGGAGCGCAACUUGCUCUCGGUGGCCUACAAGAACGUGGUGGGCGGCCAGCGGGCCGCCUGGAGGGUGCUGUCCAGCAUCGAGCAGAAGGGCGCCGACGAGGAAGCUGCCUCCGCGGAGGACAAGGAGAGGGGCCCCGAGGUGCGCGAGUACCGUGAGAAGGUGGAGACCGAGCUGCGCGCUGUCUGCGGCACGGUGCUCAACCUGCUCGACUCGCACCUCAUCCGGGACGCGGGCGACGCCGAGAGUCGUGUCUUCUACCUGAAGAUGAAGGGCGACUAUUUCCGCUAUCUGGCCGAGGUGGCCACUGGCGACGACAAGAAGCGCACCAUCGACUCGGCCCGCGCCGCCUAUCAGGAGGCCAUGGACAUCAGCAAGAAGGAGAUGCUGCCCACCAACCCCAUCCGCCUGGGCCUGGCGCUCAACUUCUCUGUCUUCCACUACGAGAUCGCCAACAGCCCCGAGGAGGCCAUCUCCCUGGCCAAGACCACCUUCGACGAGGCCAUGGCCGACCUGCACACCCUGAGUGAGGACUCCUACAAGGACAGCACCCUCAUCAUGCAGCUGCUGCGGGACAACCUGACCCUCUGGACGGCCGACUGCGCCGGGGAGGAGGGCGGCGAAGCGCCGCCCCCCGAGGAGCAGCCUCAGAGCUGAGCUCGGUUCCUGGGUGCCCCGACGGCCCCUUCCGUUCCCCCUCCCCCGCCCCGGCCUGGCCCCCUCGGGGGAGAGGACUCGUGUGUGGGGCGGGCCCCUGGACCCCUCUCACUCCCGGAGCUCUACCUUAUCUCCCCGCUUCUCCUCGCCCGCCGCCCUCCCCGCCCCCCACUACCGCGCGCCCCAGUCCGGGAGCGACUCUUCGACCCGAAAGCUAGGGCGGCUAGACGUGGAGCUGCGGGAGUCUCUCCUUGUAAGCCCAGGCCAUUAGGGACGGUGGUUGGUGGCGGGAGCCCCCACGGCUGGCUCACAAUUCCUGACUCUGAGCUGCACCCCGUUCUCCGUCCCCUGCGGAUCUUAGGAACUGGGAAGCGCCUGGCUCUUAGGGGCUGGCGAGGGGCCGGACUGGGGAGCCCAGAGGCUGGGAGACUGUGCCGGAGGAAGGGGGAGUGUGUGCAUGGGUUGGAGUGACAGCGUGCGCUGGCGCGCUGGCGAGCGAGUGUGGAUCUACGACUGUCAGAGAGCAUGUGUGUCGGAGUGCGGGACAAAGUGCCCUCUCAAUAAAAAGUUUCCCUGACACUCA